CAUGGAUCUGUUGGCUUUGUCAUCAUCCCCAGUUUGCAGCGGGAUAUUGAAAGAUGUUGUUGCUUAUGUUGAAGUAUGGUCAUCUAACAGAACAGAGAACUAUUCCAAGACUUUUUCACAGCAACUGCAUAAUUUGGGUGCAAAAAUUUCUAAAACUUUCAACAAACAGGUUACACAUGUAGUUUUUAAAGAUGGUAAUCAAGGAACAUGGGCCAAGGCAGUCAAAACAGGAGUUAAACUGGUAUCUGUACUAUGGGUAGAAAAGUGCAUAGAGGCCGCAGAGCAUGUGGAAGAGUCCUUGUUCCCAGCAAUGAACAUGAAUGCAGGAUUGCCUGACACGUUUAAAAAGAAACGCAAGUGUAUGCAGCCCAAAGACUUUGUUGAAAAAACACCAGAAAAUGACAAGCGUCUGCAAAGAAAAUUGGAUAGAAUGGUAAAAGAACUUGAUGAACAAAAAGUGUCUGUAGAUGUUCCAGUUUUAUUAUUUGAUGAGGAUGGAACAUUAAUGUACAGUCCAAAGGCUGUGGUUUCCGAUCGCAGCAAUGCAAUGGAAAAAAGACUAAAAGAAAUGAAGAAUAAAAGAGAGAAUCUGUCUCCUACAGCCUCCCAAAUGACACAGACCUUUGAUUUUCCUCCACUAAAGCCAUCUAUUGGUAACAGUCCUUCUGUGUCUAGAGAUUCUUUACAUGAUACUGGUGGUGAUUCUCUGGAUACUAGUUAUGAAGAUCUUUGGGGAAGUAUUGGCAAAAUUCAAGAGAUUAAGGAUACCUCAAAAAUCAUGAAAAAAGCUGAAGGUAAAAAAUGUGCAUCUGGAUCUAAACUAGAAGAUAAGAGGAACUGUUCAUUAAAUUCCAGUAAAGGAUUUGAUUUACCCAAAUAUGGCAACAUAACUGAAGAUAACAAUAGUGUAACGAAAUUGUCUUGUGAUAAACUGAAGUCAAAAAAUGAAACUCUAGCUUUGGAUAGAAAAUCAUUGCCAGACAAACCCAUUGCUAAAUGUAAACAAAAAGGUGAUUUCAAGAAAAGGAGGUCGACCGCAGCCACACCCACAAAAUGUUCCUCAGUUGAAAAGAGCAUGACAGCAAGGCCCUGUGAAUCUUUGCAUCUAUCUGAUUCCGAGGAUUCAUGUUCCAGUUUUGAAGACUUUUUUUCCUCUUCUAAUUUAAAAAGCCACAAAACUCUGAGAUUUUCCUUGGGAACACUACCUAGAAAGUCUCCAAGCCCCCCUACCUUGACGUCCAGUAAAAAACGUUCAAAAAGACGACGAUCUGCAGAAAUUAUUGGCCAGGUGAAUAUGUGCAGCAGCAAGAAGAGAAAGACUGACAGUACUAAGCUUAAUACAUUACUUUCAAAGCCAGUAUUACACUCAGAGUUUAGUCUAGAUAGUAAUAUACCUUCUCCAGACGAUAAGAAUGUAGAUUCUAAUACUAAUCUGAAAAAAAUAAAUGUGUCACAUAAAAACAGGACUUCUGUUGAAAAGAAAAAUAUUUUUAACCUCCUUGAAGAGGCAGAAGUGACUGUAGGAGAGGAUGGGAACGUUGUAAAAGACUUUAAAAUUGUUCCAGUGAGUUCUAUUGGGAGAAAUAUGUGCCUUGUUAAAGGUGUGGAGGAAAUCCUAAACUCUGCAACAUGGGAUAAAACACUGGAGACUAUUGAUUCACAAGAAAAAAGCCUGGGACUGAAAAGCUGUACAGAUAUGAAGAAGCAAGAAGACCAGCAGAUGAAAAGGUUCAGUCAAAGUGUGCAAAGUAAAACUUAUGAACACAACGCGGUAGAUGGACUAUCUGAAAUGUUUAAUGAACAGAAAAAUAAAUGUGCCAAGGAAUCAAAGCAAAAAGAGAAAAGCAGAAAGAUUUCUGGAUCCUUGGUCAUGACAAGUAUGUGCGCUGAGAAGCAGAACGCUGUUAUACAAGUAGUCAAAAAGUUUGGAGGCUUUGUGUUUUCGGAUCAUGUUUGUAAAACUACUACACAUGUAAUUGCUGGAAGCCCACGCCGUACAUUAAAUAUAAUCCUAGGAAUUGCUAGAGGCUGCUGGAUCCUUUCCUAUGACUGGGUGCUUUGGUCAUUAGAGCAUGGACAAUGGCUACCUGAAGAACCAUAUGAACUUUCUGAUGAUUUUCCUGGAGCUCCCAUUUGCAGAUUGCAACACCACCUAUCAGCAGGAGAGUAUCAGCCGGAUCUGCUUUCAGAUGUACCCACUGUGUUUAUAUCCCCAUGCAGCCAACCUCCCUGUGACAAACUCUCUGAAGUGGUGCAGCUGUGUGGAGGCAAAGUAUCUAAGACUCUGCGUAAAGCCAAGAUCUGUAUCGGGCAGUUUAAUGGAAAAAAAACACCUGACAUGCAGAGCAUCUCAGAAAAAUGGCUACUUGAUUCCAUUACCCAGCACAAACUACUGCCUUUGGAGAACUACCUCUUGGAACCAUAAAUACUGUGAUAUUAAUGUCUGAUGGUGCUGUUAACUCAUUUACUGAAGCAGAACAUAAAACUGUGAAGAAGCCACUAGUUGGCUAUUAUACAGACAUAUAAAAUGUACUUUUAUUUGCUGCUAUUACUUUUUAACAUCCAUUUAUAUUGUUCUGUAUAGAAUCAUCUUUUUUAUAUUUGUCAUUUUAAUAUUUUAGCAAUAAAUUAUAUAUUAUGAAGUUGUUUUGUAUUUAUUGUGAUAGUGUAUAACUUUGUUAUACUAUGGUAUAAUGUAAGACUGUUGCAUUCACUUCCUUCAGUUGGAUUGUGAUAUGGAGGCAUAAAAAUAUAUAUUUAGCAACAGGAAAAGAUUGGUGACUUGUCAGUGAAUAAAUAUAAAUAACUCACCUUGUGUGCAGCUAUUUAUAUUCCCUAACUCACAACAGAAACCAAUAAGAGGAUUAGAGAAUGAAUGAAUACAGCUGGAUGGGUAAAUAAAAACAAAUGACAACCAGGGCAAUAUGUUUUUUUAUGUUUAAUUGCACAACAAAAAAACAAAAAUAAAACAAAAAUCUUA